AUGGCUAGUCCUCCCGUUCUAGCUUUCGAUGCCGAGGGCCGUCCGGUGAAGUUCGAAACCUGGCUAGAUGACCUGCACCUGUUCUUACAGCUCACUGCCAAGGAAGAUAUCUCACUGUACGACCACGCCCUAGGCCAUGCCACUGCCCCUGACUCGUCUGCUGACAGCACUCUGCGUUCCCAGUGGCAGACCCGUGAUGCGCACGCUCGCUUUGCUAUUCGCAACUCCCUGCCGCUAGACGAGCGCGAGCACUUCGGCCAGUGCAAGACUGCUAAGGACCUCUACACAGCUGUAGUUGCCCGCUACUCCUCACCUGCUUCUGCCACGCUAGGCCGCCUCACUCUCCCCUACCUGUUCCCCGACCUAGCCUCCUUUCACACUGUCGCAGACCUCAUCACCCACCUUAAGACUAUCAGGGACCACUUCCUCUCUCGCUCCCCCACUGAGCUCACUGUUGCCCUCCUCGAGAAGGAACUGCUUGCAGCUGAGGCGAGUAUUGUAGCUGUAGGCACCUCUCGUGGCGACCCCCGCACCCCGUUCUUUGAGGGGUGUUCCCCUUCCCCCCUCCUCCCCUCUGUCGCCUCUGCUGCUGCUGUCGACCUCCUCGGUGCUGAGAAGGUCGGGACCGCGUCUGCUUCGAGCGGGCGCCGCAGGAACAAGGGGGGCAGGGGUGGGGGUGGCGGCGGAGGAGGUGGGGGUGGAGGCGGUGGGAGUGGAGGCGCGGCUGAGGAGGCCGGUGGCGGCAGUGGGGGAGGAGACAGCAGCGGCGGGAGUGGUGGCAGGGGCGGAGGCGGCAGCGGGGGCGGAGGUGGUCGUGGUGGCGGCAGGGGUGGAGGUGGCCGGGGCGGAGGCGGUGGGGGUGGUGGUCGUGGAGGCACUGGUGGAGGGCAGAUUUCCUAG